GUCAGUAAAGUUUCCACCUGCAGAAUACGAGGAACGAUGUCGUCGUGCGACUUCCAUUGUGUAACAUUUAGGUCACUCGAUCUGUUUUAAACACCCCAGUUAAUGGUGAGCAAACAUGGACAAGUUGCACAAAACAUGGUCCGUUCCUUAAGUCUCUCCUAAGAUGACCUUAAUGAGGUGAAGGACAUCUAAUUUGCAUGCAACUGCUCAUGACCCCCGCACCUGAAAGAGUAUACAACAUGUUUGAAAACGUUCUGCACCUCACACAGCCUUUUUCCUCAGAGGACCUGAACUCAUUUGUAAUGAGGCAGCUCUGGGAGCUUUCAACUAAAUGGUGUCUUAAUGAAAUCAGCAGAGGAGCUCAUUUACCGAAGGGAAAAGUCUACGUGAACCGCACGAUCGACCUCAGAGUAUCUAACAGCAAGCAGAACAGGAGAGCCAUCAACAUUUUACAGCGGUUCACAGGAUGCUCCGAAAGUGAGUGUGAAAGAGCUCUACUGAGAGCCAUCUACAUUACAGAUGACCUGAGUGAAGACAUGACGUCAGCUGAUGCCGCAAACACACAGGAUCCAAAGACUUCCUUGACCUACUAACAGUAUCUAGUAGGAACCUGUCUGGCUGCAGUGAGCUGGCAGUAAAGUGCGCUAGUCAUGUCAUUGUACCAUCAUUCUGCUGGAGUGCACACGGCGUGAGCAGAUAUGAGUGGUAAACAUGGGAAAUUCUGCAUGCACCUGUAAACGCUGCUGUCCGUGUUGCCCACCGAAGAAUGAAGAGCGCAAAAAAGUCUACAAGUCGAUCUAUGACUAUCCCUCACGCACAAUAUGGGAUCUAAAUCUGACGAAAGGAGAUAUUCUGGAGGUGACGGGAGAGAAUGAGCACUGGUUGUAUGUGAGGAGACGCACAGCUAAGGCGAACGGAUCUAAAGACUUUGUGGAGGAAAAAGGAUAUGUGCCUAAAGACUUCAUCAAGCCGCUGGGUAGCGUAGAGGCCGAGCUAUGGUAUUUUGAGAGUGUUAAAGCAUGUAUAGAGGCCAAGAGAUGUCUGCUGAGACCAGAGAACAAAGAGGGUGCAUUUCUCAUCUGGAAGUGUGAGGAGAAUAAUCAAUAUUACUUAUCAGUGAGGAACGGACUUCAUGCACGGCAUUACAGGGUCAAGCAGGGAGAAAAUGACAAGAACUUCUUCCUUGUUCAUCACAAAAUCUUCCAGAACUUGCCUGAGCUGAUAAAGUUUUACUCUGAAAACGAGAGCGGACUCUGUGCGAAGCUUCAGGAACCCUGUGUGAAGCUGGACCAGCCGGCUCCUCUGACUCUGUCAUUUGAAACCAAAUGGGAGGUAGACAGAAGCUCACUUAAAAAAAUAAAGAAGGUGGGCAGCGGGGAGUUUGCCGAGGUUUGGCAGGGGCUCUGGAACAACACCACAGAGGUGGCCAUCAAAGAGUUCAAAGAUGUCAACUAUUCCAGUAUCAAAACAGAGAUUGAUAUCAUGAAAGAGCUGCAUCACGAGCGUCUGCUGAAGCUCUACGCUGUGUGUACCAAUAGUCAACCCAUGUGUUUAGUCACAGAGCUCAUGAAAAAUGGCAGUUUAAAGAAAUUUCUCAUCAACCACAAACAGAAGCAAGACCUGGAGUUUUCAAUCAUGAUGGAUUUUGCAGUGCAGAUUACAGAAGGAAUGAUGUACAUUGAGAAUAAGAUAGUUCACCGUGAUCUGAGAGCAGAGAACAUUCUGCUUACUGACAUGCAAUGCUGCAAAAUAGCCGAUUUUGGACUCGCUGAAAUCAAUCUGCCUGGAAGCCACAGAAUUUCAUCAGAUAUAAAGGUCCCUGUGAAAUGGAUGGCCCCUGAAAUAUUUGAGAACAAGGCUUACACAAGCAAGAGCGACGUCUGGUCUUUCGGCAUCCUUUUAACUGAAAUCGUGACAUAUGGAGAUGACCCAUACCCUGGUAUGGACAAAAAAACAUGCGUUCAGUCCAUUCAGAGAGGAGAGCGGAUGGAGAGACCGGCCGGCUGUCCCGAAGCACUCUAUGAAAUUAUGCUGCUGUGCUGGAGGUCAAACCCUGAGGAGAGACCAACAUUUACAGAGCUACGGGGGAAGCUGAUGGCUCUCAUAAAUGAGCCUGAUUCUGAACUGGAGUAGAUACUGUAGAAAUGAGAGCGCUGGGACACUUUUGAGCUUAGAUUAUACAUAUCCAACACAUAUACAAUCAAUUAUAAUUUACAGAGGUAACAGGUCAUAUCUACUGAAAUUAAUGCAAUAUGGGUGAUUCUCAUGAAAAUGCAAAAACUGAUUAAAAUUAUUAUUUCAUGGUAAUAUGCCUUUAUAAAAUUUAGAGCAGCAUAUAGAUCCUAAAAAUAUAUCGAAAAUUAUAUAAUGCAAUAAUGAGAAUUUGGAGCUAAAAUACUUUAUUGUCAUGGCUUUAAAAGAGGCUUCAUUUUCUUAAGGCCAAAUGUAAAAAUAAAUGCACACAUUUUGAUUUUGCCGUUACAUGUGAGGUUUCAUGAGAUUCAUCCAUAUGCAAACUGUGGCAUAAAUCUCUCUAAUCAUAUGGAGGACUAUUACUAGUAUUUCUAAUCAGUAUUACUAAUGGUGAUUAUGAAGUUUCUUAGUUUCCAAAAUAUUCCCUGCAGGAAAUAUUCCACUGUUGACUGACAUUUUUGUGAUCAAAGCUGCUGAACUAAAAAAAAUGCUGGAUGUCUUGACCCCAAUGUAGAAACACCGUCACGUGAACUUUCGACAUUUGGGGAUAGCAAAGUCUUUGCAAAUUAAUGUUCAAUUUUUAACUUUUUAUGUGAACUGCUGUAAGAGCACGCAUCUUCGUGACCUGUUCAAGAACAUAGUUGUAAUUAUGUAAAUCUGGAUUGCUGGUACUACUGUAAGUGCACUUUUUAAGGCAGGUUUGCUUCUUCCUUCUGAAAAUGACUGAGGACUUUUACGUUACUAAAAUGAUUUAACAGCCCUAAACACUUGUCUUAGUUUGUAAAUAAUUUGAAUUCUUUCAUAUUUUUGAAAGAACUCUCUUAUGCUCACCAAGGCUACAUUUAUUAGAUUAAAAAUA